AUGUAUGACCCGUUUAAUAUAUUUCUAUUGGUUUGCGAGAUAAUUUACUGCGUUAUCGCACUAUUUGUAGUCGCUAUGAUGUUGAAGAGCAAAGACAAGCUUUUUCGGACGGCAUUUUUCAAGAUAUUUAUCGCUGGCGUCACUGCUGAUGUCAUUUCCAUCAUCGCGAAUGCGGUUCUGCGACAUUUACAUCUCAACCAUUUUGGCCCAGAUGAGAUGCCAUACCGAUUAUGCAAUCUAUUCUCAGCAAUCACCUACUACUGCUUUUAUUUUAGUCUAUUAAUAGCAACAAUUAAUCGUUUGACGGCUUUAGUUUCGGACCCUGCGUUUCAUAAGAAGUUGUGGAACAAAAUCGGUGCGUUUGCCGCCGGCACACCCUGGCUGCUGGCGUUUGCAUGUAUGGCUUAUCGUAUACCGAUCCCAAUCCUUGUCGUGCCGUUAGAAGAAGGAGGAUAUCAAGCCCUCACCGCUGAUAUCGUUUCGAUCAUAGCAAACGCCAUUCUACGACAUCUACACCUGAAUCCCUUUGGUCCCGAUGAGAUGCCUUACCGUCUAUGCAACCUGUUCUCGGCUAUCACC